AGCAGCAGAGGAACGAUGGGCUUUUGCUGGAGCAGGGAGUGUGGCAACAGGCCUUGCUGGGCAGGCUAUUAUGUGCCCUGCCAUGCUGGAUGGGUGGGCCCCACUGUGCUGCUCUGCAUCUAUGGUUUCUGCUCCAUGAUGAGGCCCAUAGAGCCCUUUGUGACAGUGUUUCUCACGGGGACUUAUAAGAAUCUCACCACUGAGCAGGUGACUAGUCAAGUGAUUCCUGUGUGGACUUACUCCAGGGCGGUCCUCCUGGUCCCAGUCCUCCUGAUCACAGACUUCCUCAGAUACAAGCCUGUUAUCGUCCUGCAGAGCCUCACCUAUGUCACAGCGUUUCUGCUGAUCUUAGUGGGCUCGGGGGUCCACUCGGCUCAGCUGGCCUUUUUCUUCUACAGCAUUGCCAUGGCAGCAGAUGUGGCCUACUUCUCCUACAUUUACAGCGUGGUGCCGCCCAGCUACUAUCAGAGGGUGACCGGUUAUGUGAGAGCAGCCAUACUACUGGGCUACGCUGCAGGUGCCUCGCUAGCUCAACUGUUAGUGUCUUUUGGUGUUCCCUUGUAUUACUUAGCUGUCAUGACUCUCAUCUCUGUCUCCAUAGCACUCAUAACCUCCUGUUUUCUGCCCAUGCCGAAGACUAGUUUAUUUUUUAAUGAAGCAUAUUCUGUAGACCAGACAAAGUCAAGUGUGGAUGUUAACAACUCAGAGAGCUGGGACUUUUGGGUCAAGAGUGUGACGGCUGCCAAGUACGCUGGAAUGAUGUUCAGAACACUCAUACUGGACUGUAAGAAAUGCUAUUCUUCUAUGGCCGUGCUCUUUUUCUGCAUAUGGGCAGCUACAGGGAGGUGUGGCUUCUACCAGGUGUCAAGCUACGUCCAGGUCCUCUGGGUAUAUAUACAGCCCAAUAACUUCACAGCCUACAAUGGAGGAGUGGAUGCCAUCAGCACAUUGUCAGGAGCUGCAGCCAGUGUUGCUGUGGGCCACGUGUCUCUGGAGUGGUCUGUGUGGGGAGAGCUGGUCCUGGGGGGCUUCACGCUCCUGAUAGCUGGGGCUUUAUUCCUGAUGGAUCUAACUGGCAACAUCUGGAUCAGCUACACAUUCUUCUUCCUCUUCAAAACAGUUUACAUGCCACUCACCACCAUCUGCACUUUCCAGAUAGCCAAGAAGCUGAACAGGAGGCGCUAUGCAUUGGUGUUUGGUCUGAACAGUUUUGUAGGUACAGUCCUGCAGAGUGUCCUCACCGCCGUCGUCAUCAACACCAAGUCUGUACAGCUUCCCAUCACUUCCCAGUUUAUCAUCUACGCCUCGUACUUUGCUGCCAUUUCCCUGCUGUUCACAGUCAGAGGUGUGUAUACGGUGUUUCACAUGAAGGCAGCCAGGAGGAGUGAGACAACAACUUGCCAGAGGGCUCACACCUGUGACGAGUUUGUGUGAGAAAAUGUAAGGUUUUUAAUAACAGUCAGCGCUGGGAUCUAUUACUGCUGCAGCAGCAAUAAACGGGACCAGAGGUGUUAUACCUGCAUGUACAUCAGGAUAUUCAAUCAAUCAAAGGAUGGUUAAUUAUUUUUUUCCAUCUGUCACCAGCAGGAUUAAACUAAGUCUGCAGACGUGCUGUGCUUCUAACAGUCCCUAAGUAUCGCCACUAGAGUGCAGUAUAUACUCAAUAUCGACCAAGCAGAGCACUGCAUGGCAGCUCUGUGGUGCUUUAGUUUACUGGUGUAACUACUUAGUGCAUGUAUAUCAGAUAUUACAGGUUUUGGACUUUUGAAGCUAUUAAUCUCAGAAUCAGUUCAUAUGAGAAUCAUAAAACGUUUUGUGAAGGGGAAUUUUUGGGUCUGUGUUUAUUUUUUCAAGACAAACCCUUGUUGUCUGCAUUUUUAACAACUCCAUAAUAGUUUUGUAAAAUUUGUAAAAUCAUUAAUCUCAUAAGAAAGUAUAAACUGAUCAAUCAAUUGAUCAUUUAUUAUGUAAUAACAUGGCUUGGCCUUAAAUUGCAUUUUUUUUUUUUUUUUUUAUGAUUUAUUCGAGCUCUAGUCAUUAGAAAACUUUACAUCAUGAAUGUAAAGUUUUUAGGAAGUUUGGUAACAUUCAGGCUUGCCAGGACAUUAAACAUGUCUGGUUGUUGCAGUAUAACCAGCAAAAUUACAUAACUAAUGCUGAAACUACAGGGUAAAAAUCAACAAUGUAAUUUAAACUUUGAAAAUAUACAUUUCCCUAAACUGUGAUGUUUAAAUUGAUUAAAAUGAUAAUAUUAAAUUGUGGGGCGGCUUCCUAGGAUCUUUCUGCAUGGAGUUUGUUCUCCUGUGCAGGUGUGGGUUUUCUCCAGGUUCUCCAGGUUCCUCCCACAGUCCAAAAACAUGCUGAGGUUAAUUGGUGAUUCUAAAUAGUCCAUAGAUGUGAAUGUGAGUGUGCUUGUUUGUCUCUAUAUGUAGCCCUGUGAUGGACAGGUGAUCUGUCCAGGGUGUCCCUUGUCUUCACCCUAAGUCAGCUGAGAUAGACUCCAGCCCCCCACAACCCUAAUGAGGAUUAAGUGGUGUAUAGAUAAUGGAUGGAUGGAUAUUAACUUGUGAAUGACAGUUAACACAUUACAUUAUUUUAUUUUCUCUACAUGCACAUUAUUUGUGUGGGAUCUAACGUUUGCUUUUAAACUGCUGGUUUUACUGCAGCAUCCUGAAUCAAACACAGGUGUCUGCAUCAAAUCUCCUCUCCUUCUGUCCACACACCAACACCAAAGACUAAUUUUCUGGGGAAAAAAAGCCAUUUUUGUAUUACCUAAAACAGUGCCAAAAGACAUAGAAAUAGCUUGAUUUUAAAUGUGCGCAGGUACAUGUGGCACCAUCAGCUACAAAAACAAGUGAGGGAGCAGAACUAAACUUCUUUCACUUGGAGGUUCAUGUGCUGGGAGCAGGUCAUAGCUGUUUGAAAAAGCAAGUGACAUCAUUUUUUAAAGGUUAUCAAGCAUGACACUCUCAAUGCAGAGGCUGCCCGGUGCCAUUAUGACUAAAAUAGAUGUAGCACUUGUGCUUCAUUUGUUUGCAUCAAAUGUGGUCAAACUGCAGCUGCGAAUUUUCAGAGCAGCUUCAACAACAUCGGUGUUUCAUGACUCAUUGCUAUAAGGUCAUUCAGGUACUUACUUUUCUGAUUGGACUGAAUUAAUGUUUUUUUCUGGAGGUUUUUCAAUUCUCACACUGACAUGAGUCUUAUUGUGCCUAAAAAAAAUGUGUCUCUGAUCUAGGUAAUCUGAGGUUGUUCAUUUUGGCCUUAAAGUGUUGUAGCUGUUCCUGACUAAAGUUGAGAAUGUUUUUCAGGUCAAAGUUUCAAACAAUAAUGUGGAGCUUCAAGCAUAAAAGCAGCGUGUUGUUGCCAGGUAACCGAUCGACUUGUUUUUAUGACUUGGAGUCUCUUUCAAAAAGGUCUGCAAUUGCUACUGAUGUUUGUGCGCAUGAAGGCAUAACCAUGGUUAUACAUUUGUGUACAGACGUAUAUUUCCUGGAAGUAAAUCAAGAGAAGUAGGGUUAAACAUCUGUCAUCCUCCAAGGAAACGUGACCUCACUGAAGUCACUUUAAUGUUGAAUUCUUAGCAGGUAGUGGGUAAACCAGAUGCUCCAAUUCUGCAUGUUGAUGACAUUAGCCUAAUUGUAAUUCCAGUCGUCAUUUCUAAACAACACAGAGCAAUAAGCAAAUGAAAAAAGCAAAUGCCCUUCCUUAAGUGAUCAGACUUCAGAUGCAUGUGUGAUCACGUCUGACCUAUAAUUCAUAAUUACAACAGUAAGCUAAUCAAGGUUCCAAGAGGGCUUACCGGGGCAGCCAUUACUUGGAAUGAGCUGACAAAUUAUGUGUGUCACACAUUUUAAUGGAUCAUAUCUUGAUGAAGACAUGUCCCUUGGUGUUGUCUGGUGUUGCCAUUAAGUCCCUUAUUAAAUGUAUAGUGAAGAAGCUGCUUGUUGGCCUCUGAAAACUAGGGCUAGAAAAUUAACAGCUAAUUGUAAUUUACUGCACAAUAUUAGAUUAACAUAAGUGGGGAAAUUGGCCUGUUUUGUGCAAUCAGUAAAUGGAAAAGUCAACUUUAAAAAAUGCAGGGAACACAGGGAUAAGGUGGAGUGUGAUAAUCACUGGGUGUGCACAGGUUACUGUUAUUAGUUAUUUAUUUCUUUAAUGAUUUGUUUUCAAUAUUUAUGUGUUUUAUUAGUUGGGUCAUUUCUUUCCGUUGUGUUUUGCUAUUGUAUAUUCAUC